AUGUGCUACGACCGCUACGUUGCCAUCUGCAAACCCCUGCACUACGGGACCCUCCUGGGCAGCAGAGCUUGUGCCCACAUGGCAGCAGCUGCCUGGGCCACUGGGUUUCUCUAUUCUCUGCUGCACACAGCCAAUAUAUUUUCCCUGCCCCUGUGCCAGGGCAAUGCCCUGGGCCAGUUCUUCUGUGAAAUCCCUGCCAUCCUCAAGCUCUCCUGCUCACACUCAGGCUACCUCAGGGAAAUUGGACUUCUUACAAUAAGUUGUUUGUUAGGUUUUGGCUGUUUUGUUUUCAUCAUGCUGUCCUAUGUGCAGAUCUUCAGGGCUGUGCUGAGGAUCCCCUCUGAGCAGGGAAGGCACAAAGCCUUUUCCACGUGUCUCCCUCACCUGGCCGUGGUCUCGAUCUUUGUCAGCACUGCCACAUUUGCCUACCUGAAGCCCCCCUCCAUCUCCUCCCCAUCCCUAGAUCUGGCCCUGUCAGUUCUGUACUCGGUGGUGCCUCCAGUACUGAACCCCUUCAUCUACAGCCUUAGGAAUCAGGAGCUCAAGGAUGUCAUGAGGAAAAUGAUGAUUGGAUUCUUUUCAGAACCAAAACGUUGGUUCUUUUCUUCUGUAAAUAAUUCCUAA